AUUGUGCUUUGGUGUGGAGGGUAUUCUGGAUAGGCUCACAGCUGAUUGGAUGUCUAUGGCAGGGGUGUGAAUCCGUUUGAUCACUAGAUUGCACGUCGUACUAAGCAGGAAAAAAAGGCUUUGAACUUCUCCACUUUUGGCUGACUGUAUUUAUUUUCCUAUAUGCUGUUCCUCGUUCCCAGCAAGGUGCUUUUUCUAAACAAGACACCUUCAGGAAGUAGGGAAAUCAUUUGUAGGAGAGUAUUUUUUUUUCUCUCCUCCUAUCUUUUUUUCACCUGCCUUUUUUAUCACACACACACAGAAGCAUACACAUACACAUACAUACACCUUGCACCUCAAGACAAGACACUACUUCCCUGGACCUAAAGAACGCCUGGGUUUUCAACGUUCUAUAGCUGCUCCUUCAUCAAGAGAAGCUCAUACAAUCACUCAGUGGGGAGGUCCACGUUUGACUUCAAGAUUAUUUUUUGUUCAACCACUGAGCAUCUGGCAUGAUUAGUUAAGACUUCAUUCUUCAUUUUCAAAAGGAAGAGAAAAGGGGGAGAAGUGGAGUUGGCAGUAUCUGGUUCCAGAGAUUGAGCAGCACCAUGUCUAAGCCUGUUGAUCAUAUCAAGAGACCCAUGAAUGCCUUCAUGGUGUGGUCCAGAGGGCAAAGAAGGAAGAUGGCCCAGGAGAACCCCAAGAUGCACAAUUCGGAAAUUAGCAAAAGACUUGGGGCUGAAUGGAAACUACUAUCCGAAGCUGAGAAAAGACCCUACAUAGAUGAAGCCAAAAGGCUCAGAGCUCAACAUAUGAAGGAGCAUCCCGACUAUAAGUACAGACCUAGGCGCAAACCCAAGAACCUUCUGAAGAAGGACAGGUACGUUUUUCCCUUGCCCUACCUGGGAGACCACGAUCAUCUUAAGACAGGACUUUCUCUUAGUGCCACUGAUUCCAUCCUGGGGGCUUCAGAGAAGGCGAGAGCUUUUUUGCCACCAACAUCAGCACCUUAUUCUCUACUAGACCCAAGCCAGUUUAGCUCCAGCGCCAUCCAGAAGAUGACCGAGAUGCCACAUACCCUGACCACCAACACCCUACCUUACGCCUCGACUUUGGGAUACCAGAAUGGGGCAUUUGGUGGGUUAAGCUGCCCCAGCCAACAUACCCACACUCACCCAUCUCCAACUAACCCUGGUUAUGUUGUGCCCUGUAACUGUACAGCAUGGUCUACAUCUAACUUGCAACCUCCAGUUGCCUACAUAUUGUUUCCAGGCAUGACUAAAGCUGGUUUAGACCCAUAUUCUUCUGCACACACUGCAGCCAUGUAAUAAAGAAUAUUAUGCAAGAGGAAACUGCAGGUAUAUACAUCUCUGGUGGUGUAUGUACAGAAAGACUGCCAAAAACAGGAACUUGAAAGAUGGGAGAGAGAAAGAGAGAGAGACGAACGAUACUUUAUUUGGACCAAUUUAUCCCCUUGUUCCUGGCAGAAUAAUACAUCUCAUUGUGAAGAGGUCCUCAAUAUUUCUUCACCCAGUCAUGAGGAUAAUUGAAAGUUGUUGCCAGGACAAAUUGUAAGAUUUGUACAUGUCGACCUUGUUUUUUUUUUCCUUUUAGAAUCUCAAAAGCGGACAGUAAUGAUUUUAUUUAUUCAUUUUGAUGUACAUGGGUUUGUCUUUUAUUUCGUUGUGAUUUAACCUUGAAUUUUAAAGGAGCUGAUAUUAAAUUAUUAAAACAAUUGGCAUUCUUGCCCCAAAUA